CCCAUCCCCGUAACCUCAGAGCGCCGUGAGCCCGGCUGCGGCUCGCACACGGUGGCCCCACCGCGCUCGCUGCGCACGGCUCUGAUGUCCACGUCCACCUCCCGGCGGGCACCGGCACACGGCGCCGUGCCAGCGACAGAGGAGGGGCCGCCGGGUCCCAGGGUCCGGCGAGCAGGUGGCGGCGCAGGUGCGAUGGGUGCUCCCACCGGAACGCCUUCUCCGUGGAGCUCACGGCGCGGCCAUGCAGAUGGGAGGCCGAGGCGGCUGUACACCGGGCCCUCUCCCAGGACACGGGGACGCGCCUCCCGUCCACAUCCCUGGCCCCGACGAGUAUGACAUGUACUGCCUCUCGCCUUUUUAAAGGGCUCCCUGAUUUGACCAAUCACGAAGCUUCAGAUUCUGUCGUUCAGAGCCAAUUGCCCGCCUUCUUGUACGGCUGCCUUGAAAACCAGGAGAAAAGGACUUCACCAUUUCUGUGGAUUGGGUGGGAAAGCGGGCAUGCGCACUGCGGCCGGUUCUACCCUCAUCCCUUCCUAUGGGGGCUUUAGAGACGUUGUGGGUGUUGCUUUUCAGUUUACCAAAACUUUUACCUCUCUACCAUCCUAAGGAAAUUAUGUUUGUGGUUAUUUUAAAGUGUAUCCCGCAUUGUAAAAGCCACCUUUGCUUUCAAACCUGUCUUCUCUAUAAUCUUCCCCAAUCGAAGAUUCCGAAGAAUCUUUCCAUCCUUGAGCGUCCAGUGCCGGGAAACACUCUACCAUUGAAAUGUCCCCCUUUUUUUCCCCCCCGCCCAAUCACUUCCGCUAUCAAGCGUGUAGGUAACCGUGAUUCAUCACCUGCCAAUCAUUCACUGCCGUCACAGGCUUUAAAUAGCGCGCCUUUGCCGCCGUUUUUGUUUUGGUCUGUGCUUGAAAGCCGCGAGAUCGUGAGCGGAGGCCAUGUUUCUUUUGGGCAGAUUCCUCGCGAUACCCAGGCUCAUCGACCAGUGCCUCGCCGCCAUCUUAAGUCCUGGCUGUGGCGUCAAGCCCACCGCGCGGCUGCGCAGACCGUGUUUGUAGGGUCGGCGGCAGCGUUCCCUGUCGCGUGGGGAGACCCUGGGAGUAGAGAGUUCCCCGAAGCGGGAGUCUCCAGAGCUUCUGCAGGUUGAUUCAGGGCCCGCUGCCUCUUUUUUCUUUUUCUUUUUUUUUUUGCCCGCGGCCUCUAUAGUGUGAGUUCCCCAAACCAGAUCCUCCUUCACGAGUGACCCUGGACAGUAACCAAACCAAUAAAAGCCCGAACCCACACCCUGCCACCAUCGUAGGUCUGUAAUUACUUGGGACUCAGUAAGCCAUGGCAUCAAAGAAAUUUGCUAUUAAAUGCGGGGAUUUUGCUGUCCUGGUGGAUCUUCACAUCUCACCGCAAGGAUCAAACAAAGACACGAGCUGGUUUUCUGAACAGAACAAAGAGGAAAUCUGUUUACUGUUAAAAGAAACCAUUAAUUCAAGAGUUAAGGAGUACUUGGAAGUUCGUAAACAGCACAGGCCGUCAAAUACAGAAUUCACAAGAUCCAGUCCCUUGUCCUUAAAAGGUUAUGGCUUUCAAAUCACAGCCUAUUUCCUCAAGAGAGGGAUACGCCUUCGCUGCUUUGGGGGCUCACAGAGUCCUGAACUUCGUGUAUUUCCUGACAGAUUUGUGGUCUGUGUAAGUCAGCUUGCAUUCAGUUGUGAUCUUUCAAGGCAGAAUGAGGAAUUGACGGGAAGAGCUCUCCACGGAGCGUCUGGUUAUUUUGCUGAGUGUGCAGAGGGUCCACUUCCUCCCAGUGCAAAGCGCAAGAGAAGCGUUCUGAAAGCAAUCAUGAAAAGAGCUGAAACAAAAAGCAGCAGCAUGAGCAAAUCACAGGGCAGCAGGGACAUUGUGGGAACAUCGAGUGACUCAGUGGUUGCAGAGAUGGCAGUGAGAAGAGGUGACAGCCAGGCUUCCUCCAGUGCCCCUCCGGAGUCCUCAGGGCAAGCAGAGGAUUGCACACAGGCAGCUGAGAGCCACUGGGGGCUCUCUGUUCAAAAGCUGGAACAUGUUCAUCAGACCCAGCCAGAGGACACCGGCAGCCAGCACAAACCUCAUCCUGGGGCGUGGUUACAGACGGGGCUUCAGAGCGGGAGCGCUGUCUGGAGCUGUGAGUCAGCAGCACUGGGUCCAAAACAAAGUCCACGAGGAGCCCGAGCACAGCAGAAACGCAGGCCCCGCGGCUCUGCGCAGGGCUCCGACCACUGCAAGAGAGUCUCUCUUGGAAGUGAUCUAUUCCUCCCGCGAGAAAUGAGAGCGGGAACAAGCAAAGCUGUCAGGGUUUUGCCAACAUCAGAGCUGUCAGAUCCGGGGUUACUUUUGAAAGAGGAUUUGGCAAAAGCCAUGUCUAAUGAAGAGUUGCAUGUUUUGGAAAAUCUCUCCUCCAGACAUCUUAUGAAAAUUGAACCAGGGAAGGCCGACCAAACCGGCUCAGCCACCAACACUGAAAGAUUAGCUACAAUCCAGGGCAGCCCAACCAAAAAAAGGAAGAAGUCUGAAAGAGGCCACUGACUUACUAAAGAGAAUUGCAAAGUUGCGGUUGAGGGAUAUAGUGGCCAAACCUGCGAAAAAUGAGAAGUAUGUGUAGAUGCUGUGAUUUCAAAGGAAUUAGAAUGACUUUUUUAAAAAGAAAAAUGUAUCUCUGUUGGGGUUAGCUUUCAAAGAAGUCACCUCCAGGAGCCUAUCUGCUUGUUCUAACAACAUGGCUACCUUCUCCUCAAAUUGUGUAACUGCCUUCAGAAAAUUCUUUUAAUGAUAAACAUCCUUUCGCUUUGUCAGAGACGACCCCCCUCCUGAAGAACAGCGCAAAGCCCAGCCGGUGUUGCUCAGUGGUUGAGCACCGACCUAUCACAGUUCGAUUCCCAGUCAGGGCACAUGCCUGGGUUGCCGGCUCAAUGCUCACUAGGGGGCUUGCAGAAGGCAGCUAAUCAAUGAUUCUCAUCAUGGAUGUUUCUAUUCCUCUCUCCCUCUACCUUCCUCUCUGAAAUCAAUAAAAAUAUUUAAAGAAAAAAAGAAGGGUAUGUUGGUACUGGGUGCAGUGUAUCCUCCUGCUCCUUGGUUGAGUAGGGGGGCCGUGAAAGAGCAGGCUGGUGGUUCUCAGCAGCUAGUCCUGCCCCAGCAUCGUCGGAAAAUGUGUUAGAAACGCAGAGCUUGGGCCCCACCUCAGACCUACUGAGUGAUUCUGAAACAUGCUCAGUCCGGACCCACCAUACUAAUUGGAGACUCCCUAGCAUUUAUUUUCACCAGCCUGGUGAGCGUGGCCUCCUGCUCAUCCACUGGACCACAUGUGGACACGUCCACACUUGUAAAGCACCUGAACUCAGUGUGUGAGUCACUGUUCCUAGGUGUUAUGGCUGCCACAGCACCUAGAGAGCUGUUACUUACCCUAAGAAUCACAAGACGUUUCACAGGUAAUUUGGUCCAGCGCUAGAAGACAUGGCAGAGCCUUGUUCUUGCUUGUAGCUCAGGCCUAUCCCUGCCCCUACCUCUAAGAUUUUGGUUAAGUUCAGGAUGGACUAGAACCCGCAGGGAACCCCAUGGCCAGAGUUUCCUGUUUCCCAUUUGGAAGGCUUCACAGACAGUUUAAGUUUCAAAACAGGAGUCUUCGAUUUGCAGUCAUAUCCACUAAGUUCUCCAGUGGGCUGGCUGAAAUGUCACGUAGUGACUCAUAGCAACAACUUAUUUUAGAUGGACACCUACUAAAGACUUUCAUAACUGAAUUCAUUCUAAAAUAGGGAAGAAAUCAUCUUCAAAGCACCCAUCAACUACAUCUUUUUUUCAGUUCAACAUUGGGUGGUCCUUUGAAAUAGCCCGUCCCUAGUAACAAGCAGAAUCAGUAUAUUCCCAAAAGUGUUGGAAUUCGCAGAAAAAGCCCAACAAAAUGUAAGAAUAUGGACGCAGACAGUGUAAGUCCAUGCCUAAGACUAAUCAGUGGUUUCUCUCAGUUCAUUCUAUCCUCCCCACGUCUCCUUCCCCACUUGCAUAAGCGGGGAAGAUUCACUAAACAGCAACCAUUUUCAUGGUAGCAUUUUCAGUCACGAAGUUCAGUCAUGGUCACCACACCUGUCUAUGGAUAUAGAUGCUCUUCCUUUGAUGUUCCAAACCCUGACUGGAAACCUGUCCCCUUCCUGUGGUCUCAGCCUCACCACCCCCACUAGGACCAUGGCUCUGUCCACUGGUAUCUUUUCCUCUUCCCUCCUAGUUUAUGUCCUCCCCCAGUUAAUUCCCACGAAAUGUUUCUGUAGGAGAAGAGGGAGCCCAACAGAAUGUGGACCACAGUGAGCAGAUUCUGCUCAUCAACAGGGCUUCACUGCACAGAAUGCACACCUGAGCACGUGGUAGAGCAUGGAUUUCUGUGGCCCACUGUGGGCCUCUCUCAGAGUGGCCAGGAAGCUAGGCCUGCUCUUCACUGAAGACAGAACCACAGGGUGUCACUGAGGGUUUUUAAACAGAAAAAAGUAUUGGGAUGGUUUCAUCGGAGGGGUCACAGUAAGCUCCCUGGAACAGUCUAGAAUAAAGAUAGCCAUUCCAGAACAGGAGCUUUAGAACUAGAUGAUGUUUGAACCCAGAGCACCAGAAAAAGUCUGUAUUGAGAAGUUUUUAUUUCAUUAGUUAACCUGGGCCUGAUGGUUAAAGUCCAUUCUUAUACUUUUAAUGACUUUCUUUCAAGUAAAGUGUUGGCUUUAGAGUUUGGUGUAUUUAUGCAAAUAACAGUUAUUGUGAUGCAAAAGGGAAAAUAGCAUCGUUGGUGGCAGAUGGACAUGGUCUUUCUCACUGCCCUUGUGCACAUAGGGUUUUAACAGGAUUAACGGGCCCGGCCGUCUCCACUUCCUUACCUCAGCAUGUGUUUGGGGAGUUCUGCCUCUGAACGUUUUCCUUCUCCAUGUCUGAGACCACCCCGGGGCUCCUAUUACUAGAAUGGUCAUGUGAUUCUUUGGAUGGAAGUACAAAAGGGAAAAUGGCUGCCAGGUAUUCUUGUUGCAUAUUAGGUGGGAAAUGAAGAGUCCUCUAUUGCUGGGAGUGGUGUGUGUUUUGUUAUUUUUAAUAAUCUUAGUAAUUCAGUCACUGAAAAUCUGAGACCCUGUCAGUAUACUUAGUCAAAAAGGGACAAGUCAUUCAACCACUUACUUAAUAACCCAGAUUAAAUGUAUAUUCAAGUCCCCAUAACUCUGAUGCUUAGAAGAAAUGUGGAUCCAAUUUGAUUAAUGUUAUGACUUUGAACUCCUUAACUUUCUCAGCGUUGUGACUUCUAGGUCACCUCCAUGUGCUUUCAAAUGACUUUAGUAGAUUGGUGUUAGGUAUUGCUUUGUUUUGUUUUGUUGUGGCGGUUGUCUUUUUAUGUCCAUAAACAAGAAAUAUCUGAAAA